AUGUUUACAUUAGCGGGUUUGCCACGUACCUCACCUUGUGGUCGUAUAUUUGCUGAGACGAACGGUGACGACUCGACAAUGUCGAAUAACAACAACGUCGGUAGCAGUGGUUCAGGUGGUGGUGGCUCAAGAGUGGUACCAGUUCAGUUGAUUCGUAAAACGUCCAUUGAUGAUUUCAAUGAGCAAAUGGUCGGCAUGCUAGACGAAGUGGAAAGACGUGUGGAACAGCUCAGGUUAGUCGCUCGCUGCUUUUUCUUGCUAAACUUUCAAGUUCUCUUUCAAGUAUUCACCAUCAACCAAGAAGCUCGUAUAACGUAG